AUAACGUACAUUCUCAACCUGAUAAUAUCACUGAGCCUCACAUCUCAACAAUGUAUACGAGUAUAUUUUUCAUCUUUUCCUUUCUUUCUGUGUCAGAAGCGCUUGUGAGAAUCCCGUUGCAGAUAGAUCAUGCCUUGUCAACAAACAAUGAUGGAGUUCAGUUGAAGAACGUAAAGGACUUUCUGUACUAUGGGAAGAUCCAAAUUGGCAAUCCAGGCCAAACUUUCACUGUUCUGUUUGAUACCGGAAGUUCUUCCCUUUGGGUCCCGUCAGAAAAUUGGCUGGCCAAAACUGAAAACCCUCGCAAUCGUUACAUAUCCAGUGCCUCAAGAACCUUUAAAGAAAAUGGAACAAAGGCAGAGCUCAAGUAUGGAAAGGGUUCCCUCACGGGUUUCCUAAGUGUUGACACCGUUACGGUUGGUGGGAUUAGCAUCACGUCACAGACCUUCAUAGAGGGCGUUAAGACUCCUUACAAAGAGUUUUUCAAGAAAAUGCCGUUUGAUGGUAUAUUGGGACUCAGGUUCACGGACCCGCUCAAUUUCGGUACAUCUGUUUGGCACUCUAUGGUUUUCCAAGGCAAAAUUGCAAAAAAUGUGUUCUCUAUCUGGCUUAGACGGUUUUCUAACUCUGGAGAAAUCAACGGUGGAGAGGUAGUAUUUGGAGGAAUCAUCCCAGCGCAUUUCUCCGGUGACCAUACAUACGUUGACGUGGAAGGGCCAGGAAACUUCUUCGCAAUGUCCAACAUUUGGGUCGGAGGAAAAAACACCAACAUUUGCUCCAGUGGCUGCAAAGCUAUUGUUGACUCCGGAAGUUCAAAUAUUAAUGUUCCAAUGGAUUCCGCUGACGAGAUCCAUAGGUAUAUCGGAGUAGAACCAAACUGCAAUAAUUUUGAGACGCUGCCUGAUGUCACCUUUACGAUCGGCGGAAAGGCCUUCGUCCUCACACCACUUGAUUAUAUACGUCGUUCGCGGAGUCAAUGCACGAGUAAAUUCGUGGGAAAAACAAAUCGUAGCCACUGGACAUUGGGCAUCCCAUUCAUGCGAGUCUUUCACACUGUUUUUGAUUACCAGAACACACUUGCAGUGAAAGUUGGGUUCGCUAAGUCGACUGAUUAGUUUUUCACAAAAGCUAAGGGUUAUUGUUUUAAUGAAUGUUUCUGAUAUAUAUCGAUUUAGGUGAUCAGAUGAAUACGAUCACUAAAGUAAGAAAAACAUAACUUUUAUCAAAUCAAAAUAUAUUGAUCUUUAUAUUCU